UAUCCAACAUUGAUUCUCUCUCUUUUUUGUUCUGAUUUUCUCUUUAGUUCUUUUGUAUUUUGUAUGCAGUUGAUCAUACACCUAAUCAAUUUUGUAUCAAUAUAGAAAUAUAAUGCCUAUAUAUAGAUUACUCACUUGUAGCAGCCUUUGGUUUUUUUUAUAGUUAUAUGGCAGCUUUCUUUUCUUUUCUUUUCUUUUAUUUUUCUUUUCCAGGUAGUGGGAGUUUAUGUGACACAUACUGCCACCUUUCCAAUGAUGAAUCCAAAUGGUUUUGUUGGGAGUUGUUGAAUAGGGCAUUGAUGCUAAAUGGGUUCCUAGCAAUGAACCUACCAACCCUAAUGACCUCAAUCUGUUUGCAUUAAUUCCUAUGUAUUACCUCUUUUAUGAUCAAUUAACAUUCUUGUGGGAAAAUUAGUUUUGCAGCUUACACAUUGACUAAUAUUGAUUGUCAUAUGCUUCUCUUAGGCCCGGUAAGAGCCAAAAUGGGUCAUGUCAGUUAACGGGUAGGCUAGGACCCCAGUAGUUUUGUAAAAGUGAAUGCUUUUAUAAGCACUGAUAUUAUGAUCAAUGAACAUUCUUGUGGGCAAAUUAGUUUUGUAGCUAAUACAUAUACCAUUAUUGAUUGUAAUAUGCCUUUUUAGCCACGGUAAGAGCCAAAACGGGUUGUGGGUUAACGGGUAGGAUAGGACCUUAGUAGUAUUUUAGAAGUGAAUGCUUUUGAAAGCACCAAUAGGCCACUCUUGUUUUUGGCUCUGCAGACAAGAAGGCCCAUACUUUAUAAUUUCUUUAAGUUUGCUUCUCCAGACAAGGUAUAGUAUUCAUUAAGUUAGGCAUCAAGAUUGUGAACAUCAAAACUUUAAUAUUUUUUUACGAAAAAUAUAUAAACAAAUAAAAAAUAAAAGUUGUAUGGGAUUAUCAUAUAACUUUGUCCUUACAUUUUGUAUUGGGUAUAAAGCUAGCAGGGUUGGGUUGCAUUAUGCUUUGUGUAAUGUGAUGUCUUGUUCUUACAAGACAGACAGAGCUUAUAGAACAUCUCAGGGUGAAAGCCAAAGGUCUUGAAGUGCUCUUAAGAAACAGGGAUACUAUGUGGAAACUAAAUCUGCGGAGACAUUUUUGUGAAAGUGCCCAUUUGCCCCUAUUGUUGAUUUAAUCAUCCUCCUCGGUUAGUCUUGAGCUCUAUAAAGAUUUGAAGCAGAUAAAAGUUAUGGAUGAGUUUGGUUCCGAAAGGUCAAAAACAUGGAACAUCUAUACAAGUUCAGACCCUAGCCCAUCUCAAACAGGAGUCGAUAGAGAAGCUCCGUGGCAGAACUUUGGGACGUCCAUGAAUGCCAUUUCUUUUGGAUUCGUUGCCACGGCAAUACUAAUAUCAAUGUUUCUUAUAAUGGCCAUUUUCGAACAUUUGUUUAGGCCAAGUAAUCCUUUCUCUUCUCCUCAUCAAGAUGGGACUAGCGGAUCCCUGGAAACAAGACCAAUGGAAAAACUUAGAAAUCCACAAGCAGUGUCGACAUCAUAUUCUUCUAGUUUUUCAGUAUUGAUGCCAGGACAACACUAUCCUACCUGCAUAGCCCAACCUGCCCCUCUCCCCUGUCCGAGGGAAGGCGUCUAUUGGCCCUGCCAUGAACAUAAUAUUACUUUGCCUUAGCCUAUGAUACUCCUGCAUUGUAUGUAUUCUCACAGAAGGAUUGCGCUAUCAUCAAUGUCAUACUCGAUUUUCUACUUGUACGUUUAAGCUAUUUUUGCUGAGAAUUGAAUGUCAAGCAUGAUACUGAGUGGUUUACUGAAAAAAAUGCAAACAAAAGAAAAGUGAAAAGAAAACAAAAGCAUAUGUAAUCAUCAUAAUUAUUGUUCAUCAUUUUUGUCCUUUCUGAGGGAAUACCAUGAGAUAUGCAAUGCAUUGGAUAAGUAAUGUGAACUGUACAAAUGCAAAAUCACUGCAAAUUUUACUUGUCUUGUAGUGAGGCUCUCAUGGAUUUGCAUUGUCCAUCCCUUGACAUUGAACUUCAUGAACUUGUAAGAAUAUUAUGAGGUGAAAUGAACUUGGUGUCAAAUAUUUAGGAGAGAAUGAAGAAAUUAUUCUACAUAUA